AUGGAUGCUUCAGAUGGCUAUCGACGGCUCGAAAAGGAGUUUGAUUGGUGGCUCAUUGUCGCUGCCUUCUUUGUCUCGUUCCUCGGCACCUUUACGUCGACCCAGCUCAUGAUCCAAGCGCAGCUAUCGUCGAACUUCCUCACCGUCCUCACAUGGAUCGCCAUUAUCAGUCUGACGUUCGGUUUCUGCGCUUCAUGGAGUCUGCAUUUUGUGGGCAUGCUGUCUUGCAAGCUAGACUUGCCCAUUGGGUUGGAUAUCGGCGCUACCGUCCUCAGCGCGGUUCUUGCUGUCACAUUCACCUUCGCCGCACUUGGAGCCGAACUGCUAUGGAAGCGCUACAAGGCCGACAAGCGGCGAAAUGCCGCCAACCAGCGCAAAUUACAUCCCAUCGUGACGGACGGGGUGAAUCUACCAGAUGGGGACUCUUCGAUGCCCCUUUUAGGGGACGACUCAACCAACAGUCGUAUAAGCGGGGAAGGGGAUAUUGAAAUCGGCCGCAUCGAUGCCCUUCCACAGCGAGCUGAGGCGUUACCGACAGUCAUUUCCUCGGGCAUAUCAAACCUUCCUCGUCGUGCCUCAGAUCCCUCACUUUCGGUGGAUAAUUCGUCAAGCGAACCCCGAGGCGCCGGAUCACAGUCCGAGUUGAGAAUCGGAUCAAGUCAGCUGGACCUCAAAAGUAUGGCCGACCACGGGGCUGCCCCAACACAGAACGCUUUCGUCGCGACAUAUUACGGCAUCUUGAGUGGCAUGUCCUGGAAAGCUGUAGUGAUGGGCCUUGUCUGGUCACUUUCACUGACGUGCAUGCAUUACGGAGGCUUGAUGGCCAUGAACAUCCCGGAAGGCCGACUAACCUUCAACCCGGCACUGGUUAUCGCUUCCGCUAUCAUUUCUUGGGUAGUAUGUAUCGCGGGAUACAUCUACAUGACCACCAUCGAACCCCAUCUCAGUCAACAGGUGUUAUUCUCCGCGAUUGCUGCUUCGGGCAUAGCUGCCAUGCAUUUCACAGGAUUACGAGCAACCACUUUCUGGUCCCGGCUUCCGGCUGCUCAAGUCGGAGGAUAUCCUCUACAGCUUCCAAUUGCUGUCUGCACCGUCGCUAUCCUGACUUGCACUCUGGCUAAUGGUCUGCUCGCGCAUAAUGCAACCGUCUCGCGCAACAAACUUGCAGAAAUCGUUUUGACACGGCGAAAGCUAUGGCGGGCGCUGGCGCAAAAGGAGAACGCCGAGUUAGCGGCAGCGGCGAGGAGUAAUUUCAUCGCGUCCGCUUCUCACGAGAUUCGGACGCCUCUUCAUCAUCUGCAAGGCUACAGCGAUCUGUUAUCGAAAGCCAAUCUGAGUGACGAUGCGCGUCAGCUUGUGAUGUCGAUUCAGAAUGCAACCAAAACACUAUCUCUCAUCACAAACAACGUCCUGGACUGGUCGAAACUCGAGAGCGACCGAGAUGCGUCCUGCCGCUUGGCCCCGUCAGAUAUGCGAUCAGUUUUCGAGUCCAUCCUCGUCCUUUUACCGCAUCAAGACGAACAAAAUGAUGUCGAGGUCCUGGCUGUAGUGGAACCGAGUGUUCCGGAGUCCCUCCUGCUCGACGAGGCGUAUAUUCAGCGGAUUUUAGUGAACCUGCUUUCGAACGCUCUCAAGUUCACCAGCAACGGAUUCGUUAUGCUGAGCUUGGAGAUGGAGGACGGUGACCUGAUCGCUAAAGUACGGGACUCGGGUGCCGGCAUUCCAUCGUCGUUUGUUCCCCGGCUCUUCGAACCAUUUACGCAGGCGAAGACUCGGGGAACACAGAGAGGGACCGGUCUUGGUCUCAGCAUCGUCAGGCAACUCUUGAAAAAGAUGCAAGGCGAUAUCUCCGUGGAGAGCCGGCACGUGGACGAUGGAUUCAGUCCUAACGAAACAGGGACCACUUUCACGAUCCGGAUACCAGUGCAGAUGUCACCAGCACCCCAGCCUGCGUCACGACACAACAUGGAGCCGAGCACCGUCGCGCUGUUUUCUCCACCUCCGCGCUUAUUGGAGGGACUGAAGAUAGCGUGGCAGCUUUUCGGCUACGAAACAGUUGUCGUUCACCACUACUCCGAGUUGGCGAAUUACCAAAUCAAAUAUGCAUGGGCCGACUUUCGAUACCUGUCAGAGAAUACCGAAUGUUUACGGCACUUGCUGAGCCAAGAGCACCUCACAACGUUCGUGCCGUUUGAGCACCAGGAGUCGCUGCAGCAGCUUCCUGGCGUACUCUCGGCGCCACAUUUUGUUCCGCUUCCAAAGCCUCUAAUAUGGCAUACCUUCUACAAGCGUAUUGCUAUAGCUUCUCAAGCCGCCGCUGCUAUUAAGAACCCCCCACCGGUGGAGGCCAACCCCAAGAUUGAAGUAAGGAACGGUUGGCAGAAACUGCGUCCCGAAGAGGAGAGCGUUACACCUGGGACCGUCAACAUCCUCCUGGUUGAAGAUAAUGCGGUCAACCAAAAGCUAUGUAUCAAGAUGCUCUCCUCUCUGGGAUACUCAGUUUUGCUCGCCAACGACGGCGAUCAGGCCAUCGAACAGGUCAUGAAACAUGACGCAAUCAUCGACUUGAUCCUCAUGGAUCACUCAAUGCCCGUGAAAGACGGCGUAUCUGCGACACAGGAGAUUCGCCUUCUGGAAAACAGCGGCAAACUAUCUAAGCGGCAUCCGAUCAUUGCCUUGACGGCGGUGGUGAGCACAGAAUCAAGAGCCCAGUUCAAGAGUGCUGGAGCCGACGAUUUCCUUGCGAAGCCGUUAUCAUUCGCAAAGCUAGAGCAGACUCUAGCCACAUUCCUAAGGAUCGAGUAA